AUCUUACUCUUUGUCCUCUCAAGCUAGUGGUGGUGUGUGCACUCUAAAAAAAAAAUGUUUUUAAGAUAAUUUUGUUGGAGUACUCACCAAGAUACGAGUCAUAAAAAUAUUUUAUGAAUUUUUUAGGAUACUUAUUGAGAAUUCUUAAAGAAUUUUUUUUAGAACUUGUAACACGAGCCAAAAAACAAAUGUUUUAACAAAAGUUUUGAAUUUGAAUUUUUUUUUAACAAAAGUUUCUAUACAUUUUAGGACACUCAUUGAGAGUCUUUAAACAAUUUAUUUUAGAACAUGCAAAACGAAUCUUAAAAACUUAUGUGUGUCCUAAAAGUUUGAGUUUUUUUUUAAUAAAAGUUUUUUGACUUUUUAGGACACUCAUUGAGAGUCCUUAAAGAAUUUCUUUUAAAACACGCAAAACAAGCCCUAAAAACUUAUGUGUAUCCUAAAAAUUUGAAUAAUUUUUUUUUAACUAAAAUUUUAUUAUAUAUUAAAUCACAAAGAAAAACAACAACAACAACAACCCAUUCUCUCUCUCUUUUUGCUCUCUUCCCCCAUUUCUCUUGCUCUUUCUCUCUCUCACGCAAGCCCACUACCCAGCCAUGAACAGCAGCACUUUGGCCACCCCCGCCUACACGCACCAGCACACGGCGUACCCCGGCCCCCGAAACCCCCAACUCCGCGAGCCGAUGGCCUCACGCGCCUCCUAGCCUAGUCGACGAAGCCUCCAAAGUUCAAAAACUUAUGUGGGUUUCUCUCACGCAAGCCCACUACCCAGCCACGAUGGGCGACUCUCCGUGACUCAAUAUUUUUUUCUUCUAAGAUUAUGUAAAGAUGUAUUACUAUUGGUGGGCUAUCAUUGGGUUGAGAAUAUACGUACUGGAGAUUAAACAUUGACAUUUGUGUAUUAUUAAAAUUGUAUAUGAUUGAUGUAAUGAUUUAAAAAAAUAUAUAUAAUAAUCUACAAAAAUAAAAAAAUAAAAAUUGGGGGGGAGCGGGAGGGGGUGUUCCGCCCUCCUUAGCUGCCAUGCCACUGCAUUCAAAUUUCUAUAUAUUACUCAUCUAUUCCUCUCUAUUCUUGUGUGCUACCCGCAGGAGUUUUUUUCUUCUUUCUUUUUUUUUUUCUUUUCAUUCGCAUUUGAGCUAAAUAAAUUUUAGCUGAACAAAAAAGAAAAGAGAAAUAUAUAAAUUAUAAGCAUUGCAACCAUGAUCUAUAACAGCCUCCGCCUACGUAAUCUGGUUCAAUCCUUUAGAGCUGGUUCUUCUACUACUUUAUCCAAGUUUGGAUCUCAUAAGUUGACAUCUAAGGCCACAUCUCCGUUACAGCAAGAGUUUGAACAAUUUAGAUGCAGUGAUGACGAUCGGAGCAAUGUGGAGUGGGACAAGCUGGGAUUCGGUGUGAUGCCAACUGAUUACAUGUAUUCGAUGAAAUGCUCCAACGAUGGAAAUUUUCAAAUGGGACGCCUAACUUCAUACGCCAACAUUGAGUUGAGUCCAUCGGCAGGAGUUUUAAAUUACGGACAGGGAGUAUUUGAAGGAACAAAAGCAUAUAGAAAAGAAGAUGGUCGUCUACUUAUGUUCCGUCCGGACAAAAAUGGAGUUCGAAUGAAGAUUGGUGCUGAAAGGAUGUGUAUGCCCUCACCCUCUGUGGAUCAGUUUGUCGAGGCCGUCAGGCAAACCGUGCUAGCUAAUAAGCGUUGGGUACCGCCUUGUGGAAAAGGGUCUCUUUAUGUUAGGCCUCUGCUCAUGGGAACUGGUCCUGUCUUGGGUUUGGCUCCAGCUCCCGAAUACACUUUCCUUGUAUACGCUUCUCCAGUGGGCAAUUAUUUCAAGGAGGGUUUGGCACCAUUGAGUUUAUACGUUGAGGAUGAGUUUGAUCGAGCUUCUCGUGGCGGAACUGGAUUUGUCAAAACCAUUUCUAACUAUUCACCAGUUCUAAAAGCACUAAACAGAGCAAAGAACAAAGGAUUUUCUGAUGUGUUGUAUCUGGAUUCAGUUGAUAAGAGAUAUAUAGAAGAGGCCUCUUCUUCUAAUAUUUUCACAGUCAAGGGAGAUCUAAUUUCAACCCCUGCAACAAACGGGACCAUACUUUCAGGAGUUACUAGAAGAAGCAUCAUUGAGAUUGCUCUUGACCAUGGUUACAAGGUUAAAGAGUGUAACAUUACAGUGGAUGAAUUGAUGGAAGCAGAUGAGGUAUUUUGCCCGGGAACAGCUGUGGUUGUUGCUUCUGUUAGUUCUAUUACAUAUCACAACAGAAGAGUUGGAUUCAAAACCGGUUCUCAGACGGUAUCUCAUAAACUCUACACAACUCUCAUCGGGAUUCAAAGGGGUGUUAUUGAGGAUAAGAAGGGAUGGAUUGUUGAGAUUGUUUAAUAUUUGAUAAUAUAAUUAUAUAUACAUAUUUUGGAUUACUCAUCUAAAAAAAUGUAUAUUCAAUCUCUCAACUUGUUCAGAAUUCAAAUGAAACAGUUGAUGAUAAAAAGUGCCAUAAUUCCCAUAUCAUAUUUUCAUUAUUCAUGUACAUAUUAUUUAAGUUUACACUCUU